CCCGCUCCGCCCCCGGGAGAGCCGCCGGAGCAGCGGGCAGCCGCUCCGCUCCGCUCCCCAGCUCGCCGCCCGCAUCCCCGCCCACCCACCCCCCCCCCCCCGCCACCACCGGCCCCGGGGCCGCCGAACCGCAGCCUGCGGGCCGGGAGGGGCGAGAGAGCCCGGCCGGCUCGGGCGAGCCGAUGGUACCGAGUACCGCGACCCUGCCCGGCGCGGAGCUCAACCCGGCGCGGAGCAGAGGAGGGGCCGAUUAGCAGCCGCGGAGGAGGCGGUGGCGGUGGGGGGAUGCCGGAGAGACACAAAGCCGGCGGGGGAAGCAGCCCACGGCUCGUCCCGGGAUGGGGGCGCCGCGCCGGGUCCGCCUGAUGGUGCUGCCGCGGGUGCUUUGGGGCUCCGUCCCCCUCUUCCUCCUGCUGCUGCCCGCGGCCGAGCCCAUCUGCCCGGAGCCGUGUGACUGCCAGCAGCACCAGCACCUCCUCUGCACCAACCGGGGCCUGCGCUCGGUACCCAAGGCUGCCGAGCCUCAGGAUAUCCUCACCUACAGCCUCGGGGGCAACUUCAUCGCCAACAUCUCCGCCCUCGACUUCCAGCGCCUGGCAGGCCUCCAGCGCCUGGACCUGCAGUACAACCGGAUCCGCUCGCUGCAUCCCAAGGCGUUUGAGCGCCUGGGUCGGCUGGAGGAACUCUACCUGGGCAACAACCUGCUGCCGGCGCUGGUCCCCGGCACCCUCAGUGCCCUGGCCAAGCUGCGCAUCCUCUACGUGAACGGCAAUGAGAUCGGCCGCCUCAGCGCCGCCUCCUUCUCCGGCCUCGGUAGCCUUGUCAAGCUGCGUCUGGAUGGCAACGAGCUGGGCUCGCUGGGCGACUCCACCUUCUCAGGGCUGCCGAACUUACUCUAUCUGCACUUGGAGUCCAACCGCAUCCGCUGGUUGAGCCGUGGUGCCUUCACCGGCCUGGCUAAGCUGCGCUUCCUCGACCUCUCAGGGAACCAGCAGAGCUCCCUUCGCCACCCAGACAUCUUUGGGCCGCUGCGCUCCCUCCACACCCUGCUGCUGGCCGGCAACAGCCUGCAGCAGCUGACGGGGGGGCUCUUCCAGCACCUGCCCAGCCUGGCAAAGCUCUCGCUCAGUGGAAACCGCCUGGCUCACCUGGCCCCAGAUGCCUUCACGGGGCUGGGCGCGCUGAAGGAGCUGCGCCUGGAGGGAAACCUGCUGAGCCACCUGCCCGCUGCCCUGCUGGAGCCGCUAAGCAGCCUGGAGGCGCUGGAUCUGAGCCGCAACGCGCUGACCGCCCUGCACCCCACAACCUUUGGCCGCCUCGGUCGCUUGCGGGAGCUGAGCCUGCGGGACAACGCGCUGGUCACUCUCCCCGGCGAGCUCUUCGCCUCCAGCCCGGCUCUCUACCGCCUGGAGCUGGAGGGGAACGCCUGGAGCUGCGACUGCCGCCUCCGCGGCCUCAAGCACUGGCUGGGGGCCUGGCACUCGCAGGGCCGCCUGCUCACCGUCUUCGUGCAGUGCCGCCUGCCGCCCACCCUGGCCGGCAAGUACCUCGACUACCUGCAGGACGCGCAGCUCCCGCCGCCGCAAGACGGCGGCCCCUGCCGCGACGGUGCCUCUCCCUCCUCCCCGUCCCCCCCGCCGCCCGCCGAGGGGCUCGGCGGCAACAGCAGCAGCGGCGGCGGCGGGCUGCCCCGCGGGCCCCCGGGGCCGCCGCCCUCCGCCUCCACCGCCCGUCUGCUGGGGGCGCCCGAAGGCGCGGCGGCGGCGGCGGCGGCGAAGGCCGCGGCGGAGGCGGCCAGCCCCACGCCGGAGCCGCCCGCCCGCCCGGCGGCCUCCGGGCCGGCACCGCCCAGCGCGGCGUGGCCCCGGCGGGCCGGUAAGCCUCGCUCGGUGCCGGCCGCCGGGGUACCGCCGCUGGUGUCCGACCCGUGCGACUUCAACAAGCGGUUCCUCUGCAACCUGUCGGUGGAGGCGGUGGGCUCCAGCUCGGUGACGGUGCGCUGGGCCGUGCGGCCGCACCGCAGCCCCCGCCUGCUGGGGCCGGCGCGGUUCCGCCUCCUCUUCGACCGCUUCGGCGCCGCCGUCAAGUUCCAGCGUUUCGUCUACCUGCCGGAGCGCGGGGAGCCGGCCGCCACCCUGCGGGAGCUCCGCCCGGACACCCCUUACCUCGUCUGCGUCGAGGGCGUCCUCGGCGGCCGCGUGUGCCCGGUGGCGCCGCGGGACCACUGCGCCGGGCUGGUCACCCUGCCCGAGGGCGGCGCGGCGGCGGGCGGGCCCCGCGGCCCCGACCAGCAGCUCCUCACCCUGGUGCUGCUGGCGGUGAACGCGCUGCUGCUCUUCGCGGCGCUGGCCGCCGGGGCCUCCCGCCUGCUGCGGAAGAAGGUGCUGGGGCGGCGGCGGCGGAAGGCGGCCCCCGUCCACGUGCGGCAGCUCUACUCCACCCGCCGGCCCCUCCGCUCCAUGGGCACCGGCGUCUCCGCCGACUUCUCGGGCUUCCAGUCCCACCGGCCGCCCCGCGGCGCCGCCUGCGCCCUCAGCGAGGCCGACCUCAUCGAGUUCCCCUGCGAGCGCUUCAUGGACAGCGGCGGCGGCGGCGGCGGCGCCCGCCACGGCGACGAUCACCUGCUGCAGCGCUUCGCCGACUGAGCCCGCCGAACUACAGCUCCCGGCAGGCCCCGCGCGGGAGGCGGGCGGUGCCGGGCGGCGGGGCCCGCUGGGAGCUGUAGUCAGCGCGGCCCGGGGGGGGGCGGCGGGGCGG